AAUUUCCUGUUGACUUUUUAUAGCCUGAGUAGCUGAUACAUAUUCAUGACUUUCUGAAAACUGGAAAUGGUGGGAAGGUACCACAUUACACCGCUCUGAAACCACAUCCUGACUCACCACGCUGACUAUGACGGCUUUAGCUUACCGCCUGAGCAAUCUUCCUCUCACUCUUCAGGCAUCAACGUUUUAGUGACUCCGGCGCCUCCGUCUCUCAUCAAGUUGGAGGAAAUCUCAUUAAAAAAAGAUAAAGCUGCUGUGUUUCCCCUGGCCUGCCCAGCUUCUGAAAACAGUGAGUCACCCCCAUGGCUCCUCCACCUCUGUCCUUAUCAUUGCUCUGGGGUCUGGCAUUACUUAUUGGUGGAGCAGCUGCAUCUUUCUGCAAUGUAACCUGCAACACUGACUACGAAAAUGUGCUGAACUGCUCCUGCUCAGGCUCUGUGCCAGCACUUCCUGUUCUUCUUAAUGUGACUUGCAGGCACAGAACCUAUGAUGAUAUCGUUGAAGGCAGCUGUGAGAUCCAACCUCCUCGGUCCUGGUGCACAAUCGUUAAGUCCCUCAUCUUGGUUGCAUCUGUGGGGACGAUGUGCAAUACCACAGCCAGUCAGCCCGGUAGCACGAAUCCCAGUGAGAUGACAAGCUGGGAGUUAUGGAACGCAGUAAAACUUGAACCUCCUGUUGAUGUCAAAGUGACAAACGUUACACUCCCUGCAUUCUACAACAUCACCUGGAGAAGCGACUAUGACGACUGUGUCGUCAGCAGAGUUCGCAUAAGAAACACGGAAGACCCGUUUCAGGUUCCAAUCAACGUGGAGUUAGAAGGGGAUGAGGAGCACUUUGAGCUGAAUCAGGAGAAGCUGCAACCUGGUGCCUCUUACGUCGCAGACAUCCAGGUCAAAUACUGUAAAGAUGCAUUCUAUCAGGGCCCGUGGAGUGAGUGGAGUUCUGGUGCCGAGUGGAGCACAGCGCGGUCUCCUCCUGAUGUAGAAGGAAUGAAUAGUUACUGGCUUUACAUCUCAACGCCCAUCAUUCUCGUCCUCGCCCUCCUGUUAUUGGGAUACCUGCAAAAACCGUGUUGGCAGAAAAAGCUACGAAUGAUUACAUACAUCCCCAGACCCAACGAAUAUUUCAAGCCCCUCUACCAGAACUACGAAGGGAAUUUUAAGGACUGGGUGAAGCCUGUGUUCAGCGAGCACGAUUACCUAAAGAUCAGCACAUGCGUCCCGAUGCCGAGCGAGAAGCAGAGCGACAUCUUCCACUGGUGCAACGACAAGCAGAGCUACAGCGAGGACGUGGAGGCGAAAGAUGGCGAGGGCUUCACCCCACAGCUUCCCAACAACCUGCUGCCGCACUUCCAGCACAGCGGCGCGUCGCAGGGCACCCUCCACUCCGCGGGACACGUCUCCAUCCACACCGUGACCUUGUCGGGAGAGGAGUUCGAGGGGGAAGUGACGUCACAGAGCUCGCUCCGAAGUUACCAGGAUGGAGAAAGCUUCGGCUCGUUCGAUGACACCCACAGGGAGGACGCUCCCUACAAUUCAGGGGACGCACAGGCGUCCCGCAUGGACCGGCACAGCGGCAUUUCACUACGAGAAAACCAACUAGCCAACGAUUUAAUCAUAGAGAACCAGAACUUUCAGGCAGACGGCGAGUUGAACGAAGAGAGGGUGUCGCUGGACUCAUUCGGGUCGAAUGAGCAGUCGGAGGACGGCUACCCUCACGUGGACUUGGACACCAUCGACAGUGGUUUUGGGGAGUGCAUCAGCCCCGGAGCCUCGGACUCACACUCAAACUCGUUUCCCGAUCACACACACUUAAACUCGAACUAUGUCAAGCAGUGGAUGAUAUGUAGCACGAUUCAGGAAGACGGCGGCAACGUGAGCAGUGAACUCAACGGCACGCAGCAACUGUAGCUUCUGAUGUUUUCAGAAUCCUCGAGCACUAUGUGCACGAUCUCUUCAUCUGUGUUCUUUGUGACUUUUCCAAUCAUGUUUUUAUUGAGCCAAGUAAAUGUUUCUUAAUUUAAAAUGUUUUUUUUUUAUUAACUGAGAUACUUGUGUGAUUCCAAUGAGACACUUUUUUUCCCGCCUUGCCUUUAUUUGUGCAGAAAAUCAGGCGCGUAUUUCAGCCUCAACGACGACUUGUUACAUAACUGUGAAAAAUGUAAAUAUUUACAUAUGUAAAUAUGUAACUAUAUUGUAUAAUCUGAUGGAAUCUGACUUUGGAA